AUGGGAAAAAAACGUAACAACAAGAAGAAGGGCUCAGGAGCGGCGUCGGCGCCGCCGCCGGUUCCGCACGAUCCGUCGCCGCCGCCGGUUCCGCGAGAUCCGUCGCCGCCGCCGCCGUCGCCGCCGCCGCACGUCGAGGAGGAGUCGCCGGCGGCGCCCGUCCGGCACGGCAUCGAGUCGUACGUUCCCGGCACGCGGGUCCGCAUCUCGGGCCUCGCGGGCGCCGUCGCGCUGAACGGGCGGCGCGGCCUCGUCGUCGCGCGGAGCGGCGACGAGCGCGUCGCCGUGCUCGUCGACGACGACCGGAGCAACCGGGACAUCAUCGAGCGCCCCAUCGCGUCCGCGAGCAGCCUCGACAAGGCCGUCGGCGUCCGGGCCGCGAACCUCGAGAUCGUGCCGUGGCCGAGCGAGCGCAUCCCCAUGUCCGCGUUCCACUGGCCCGAGCGGCGCCUCAGCGCGGAGCAGCUCUACUCCGCCGCGCGGACGCUCCUCAAGGACUACGGCGCCGCGGCCUUCUUCGAGCUGCAGCGGCGGGGCCUGGGGCCGCGGAAGCUCCUCAUGGCGUGCUGCAACGACCAGGGCAGCAAAAGAGAGCGAAAUUCCCAACUUCAAAGGCUCCGAUCUCGGCCGUUUUUGACUGGCAACGACGCCGGCUACGAGGACCUCGCGGCGACGUGCGUGCGCAUGGGCGCGCGCGGCGACGACGCGCGCGUCGACUCCGACUCGCACGCGCUGGCCAUGGCGGCGCAGUACGGCGCGCUGCGGACGCUCGAGCUGCUGCUGCGGCCCGCGGCCGGAAAACCCGUCGACGUCGACGUGGAGACGUCGGAGACGGGCAUGACGGCCCUCUGGACGGCCUGCGACCACGGCUACUGGCCCGCGGCCGAGCUCCUGAUCCGCGCGGGCGCGAACGUCGACGCGCGGAAGCGCCUGCCCAAGGGGACGCCGUGCCUCGGCGUCGCGGUGCAGAACGGCCACGCGGCGACGGCCUUCCUGCUGCUGCGGCGCGGCGCGGACCCGAACGCGGAGAGCGCGGGGGGCGCCAACGCCGUCGGCACCGCCGCGCUCUGCGGCUGCCUGGACCCGAAGAAGAAGGGCCUCGAAAAGCCGCUCGUCGCGCUGCUCCUGCGCCACGGCGGCACGCUCGCGGAGGAGGUCACGGACCAGGUCGUGCGGAACCUCGACGACGGCUCGCUCAUGCGGUGCCCGGACGACGUCAGGCGCCUCGCGCGCGACGCGCGCGACUUCGUCUCGGACGACGCGCUCCUCGCCGCGCUCGUCGAGGCCGAGCGCCCGGACGAGUUCCGCGAGCGCGCGGCGGCGGCGGGCAACGCGUCGAGCGCCGCGCGGACGAUGGCCGACGAGUGGGCCGGCGACGGGCCCCGGUCGCCGCGGCAGCACCUCGCCGCGGCCCUGCAGCUCGCGUUCCAGGCGACGCUCCGCCGCCGGGACGAGGCGGGCAUGGAGCGCCUCGCGGCGCUCGGCGCGUUCGUCUCCAACCCGGGCCAGUGGACCCACGCCGCCGCGGCGGCCCACUGCGACGCGGCGCUCGCCGGCGCGUCGCCGUCGCUCGCCGUCGCGGCGCACUUCGUCAAGGUCCGCUGCCUCGAGCGCGUCGACGACUACGCGCCGGGCCCGCCCCUCGCGGCGCUGCGCGACGCGCUCGCGCUCCGCGGCGACCCCGCGCUCGACGCGACGGCCCGCGCCGCGCUCCGCGUCCUCGACGCGGACGCGCCGCGCCUCGUCGCGGCCCGCUACGGCGCGCCGGGCAGCGACGGCCGCGUCGUCGUCCUCAGGCGGCGCGCGCUCUACGAGAAGGAGGCGACGCCGCCGGACCUCGUCGGCGCCGCCGUCGCGGCGGCGCCCGGCGGCGUCGUCUACCGCCUCUUCGGCUGCCCGCUCUGCAGCGACGCGUCGGAGCGCGACGCGCACCUCGUCCGGGCCGUGAACUGCGUCUGGCGCUUCGACGCGGGCCGGGGCGCCUGGGCCGAGGUCGCGACGUCGGGCGCGGCGCCGCGGCCCCGCCAGGACGCGGCCGCCUGCUACCGGCCCGCGACCAACGCCGUCGUCGUCUGGGGCGGCGACCUCCGCGCGGCCCGCCAGGGGCCGAGCGUCACGGAGGGCGGCGUCCACGAGCUGUCGCUCGACACGCUCGCGUGGCGGCGCUUGGACGCGCCGGGCGCCAAGGCGCCCAAGGCCCGCAUGGGCCACCGCAUGGUCAUCGUCGACGACGCCCUCUACGUCGUCGGCGGACAGACCGCGCACUGCAGAAGCGUCUACGAGUCGAGCGUCGUGCUCCACUGCCGCCUGUCCACGGGCGCGUGGUCCAAGAUCCGCGCGCCGGGCCCCUGCACGGGCACGUUGGACGCCGCGUGCUGGUACGAGCCGCCGAGCGCGGCCGCGGCGAAGGGCCGCAUCAUGGUCUUCGGGGGCCAGAUCUGGCCCGGCGCGCCCGACUCGUCGACGGUCCUCGUCCGCGGCCGCGGCGUCCAGACGUGCCGCGCGUUCCACGCCUUCGACGUCGCCGCGCGGGCCUGGGCCGCGCUGCCGCUCCUCGGCGACGCGCCGCCGCCGAUCCAGGAGGCGACGGUCGUGCCCCUCGACGGCGGGGCCCGCUGCGUCGUCGCCGGCGGCUACACGGAGCGGUCCGGCGCGUCGCUCGAGGACCUUACGGCGCAGUACAAGCAGUUCGAGGGCGCGACCCACGCGGCGCCCUACCGCCGGGGCUUCCACGCCUACGACUCGGCGACGGGCUGCUGGGUCGAGCUCGCGCGCCUCGGCGACGACGUCCCGCUCGUCGCGCAGGCCUGGGCCGCGGCGACGUCGAAGUCGACCUUCGUCGUCGGCGGGGGCUACGGCGUCGGCCUCGACAACGACGCGCCCGUCAUGUCCGGCGGCGAGGCGGGGACGAAGCCCGUGGCCUUCAAGUCCUACUACGAAUGCCAGGUCCACGACGAGGCCGACGGCCUCAGCACGGACGCGUGGGGCCAGUACGGCAUCACGACCGCCGUGCUCCCGAUCUACCACGAGGGCGGCGACAUGCGGUCGCUCGUCGCGUCGGGCAAGGUCCACAUGUCCCUCCCGAUUUUUGGCCCUAUCCCGGAGAGCAACGGGCAGCUCGAGCGCGAGGCGAAGAGCGCGCCGCGCGUGCCGCCGGAGCUCCGGGGCGACCCCUUCGAGAUGGCCCAGCGCGUCUACCGCGGCGGCGUCUACUGCUCGUGGGUCAUCAUGCACCCGUCGGGCGACCGCAACGCCUGCGUCAACAUGGACAACUACAAGGGCCCGUUCCUCGCCGCUGCCACGCCCCCGGGCCCGAACGUCACGAUCAACCAGCCCCUCGAUCCGAUCCUGCGCCGCGCGGCCCGCGCCGCGCGCGACGCCGAGCCCCGGGCCGCGGCGUUCGCGGAACGGCUCGGCGCGGCGGCCUACGACGGCGACGCGACGUUCACGAUCAAGGUCGAGGUCGUCGGCCUCUACCCGCCGAUCUGGCGCCGCCUGCGCGUCGCGGCGGGCCUCCCGCUCUCGGACCUCGACGACCGCGUGCUCCGGCCCGCGUUCGGCUACACGCGGAACAUGCACGCGCACGCGUUCCGGCGGCGGCCGCACGAGCCGUGGCUCGGGCCGCGCGAGUCCACGGCCAUGGACAUGUGCCACCUACCCUGGUACGUCCGGGCCCUGGGCCCCGACGCGGCCGUUCGUUUGGGCCAGGUGCUCGCGGACGUCGGCGACGAGCUCACGUGGGUCUGGGACCUCGGCGACUGGUGGGAGCACCGCGUCACCGUCGAGGCCGUCGGCCGGCGCGCGGCGGGCGGCGGCGGCGACGACGUCGUCGCCGCGCUGCUGGGCGGGGAGGGCGCUGGGGUCCCCGAGGACUGCGGCGGGCCCCAGCACUUCGCGAGCCAGGUGAACAGAUUGGUGGGCGCGGCCGACGACGCGUCGAACGCGAGCGUCAAGGACAAGGAGCGGCGCAUCAUCCCCGGCUCCGAGGCCUUCUGGAAGCUGCUCAACGAGGAGUUUCGCAAGAAGAAUUGUUCGCGCGUCGUCUACGACCCGCGCCGCUUCGACCGCGACGACGCGCGCGCGGCGAUCGCCGCCGCGCUCCGGUCGCGGCGGAGCCGGCCCCAGCACGCGGACCGCAACUUCACGACGACGAGCGCCUCGGGCCUCAUGGGCCCCAUCGGCGGCGACGCGGCCGCGCCGGGCGACCGCGCGCAGCGGAAGAAGUUCUGCGCCGUCUGCGGCGUCCGCGCGAACCUCCAGGCCUGCGCGCGCUGCGGCGCCGCCUUCUACUGCUCCAAGGCGCACCAGGAGAGCCACUGGAAGGAGCACCGGCGCGACUGCAAGAAGGCCCGCGCCGGCGGGAAGUAA